CUGCUGCCUGGGCCCAAAGUUUAGAGGUCUAGCGGGGGAGGGGUCAUAAAGGAAAUGUUCCCCAAUAUGGGUUGGGGAGAGGCUAGCGGGAAGGCGUCUGCCCCCACGGGGUCCUGGAGGGGUUCGUCGGGAUGUCGGGCUCUCCUGGAGACCCAAUGCUGGGAGGAAGGAACAGCAGGAAGCAUUCUGGGAAGGUUGCCAAGUCUGACCAGGCCUGAUGCAGAGUGAAGGGACCAGGACCCACACAGCCUCCCACUCAGCCAUGACACCAUCCUGGGGGCCACGAGGGCCACCGCAAUGGCCCAAACCAUCCCAAAGGACUCGGGCUGGACAGGGCCAUCGGCUCCCCGAGAAGGGCUGGUGGAGGCCAAGCCCAGCAGAAGUGUCCUCCACGUCACUCACGUUCUUCCCAUCUGGUCCACAAGGGGCGAAUGUGGGAAAAUGUGGCUCAAUAGCAGCUGUUUGGGGUGAAAUGCAAAAAGCACUCAAGCAGUAAAAAGAAGCUGAUGCUGAGAGAAAAAGGAAGAGACGGGCAAAAUGGGGUGAAUUCUCUCACGUAAAGAGGUGAGGGGGGAUGAGGGCCUGGACAAGACUUGAACCUCAUUCACUUUUUAUCUCAACUGCAUAAUUGUUUUGUGCUCAGAAGAUUUUUAGCCAAGGGAGGACAGGGCUAGGGAGAGAGACACACACACAGGGGUCUGAGGCCUUGAGGAUGAUCUGAGGAAAAGAAUGACCUGAGAACCUAAAAGGGAAAGGCCAAAAGGGCCUUUUAGCACAGGGAGGACCCUCCCUGAGGCAUAGAGCCACUGAGGCCCAACCCCCUCUUCUGCUUCUCAUGUGGCCCACCUUUCAAGGUAGCUUUGCCAUGGACUCCUCUUCCAGAUAGCCCCUCUGGCUGGAAGCAGAAGCUGUCAGCUCAAGUCACCAUCUCCUAAAAACUCAGCUGGGCUUGCAGGUCCAAGGUAGGUCAGAGCCAGGAGGUCAGAGAAGUUAGAUGUCUUCCCUGUCUUCUAACUGACUAGUCUUCUAAGGGCCAGGAGAGGUCUUUCAUGCCUCCUUUCUGCUGUUUCCUGCUUCCCUCAGCUCUCUAACUCCUACCCAGAAGUCUCCUGGUUAUGGAGAAUUCUCCUUAACUGAAACAAUCAUUGUAUAUGCUAUAUCAUUGUAGAGAAUAAAAACAGAACAACAUGAUCACUUCUCUACAAAAAAGCCUUUUGGCUUUUCUCAGAUUGUAAACCAUUAAGGUUUCUGAAUAGUUCCUCUUCCUAAUGCUGCAAGGAAUUCUUCUUUUCCUACUUAUUAAUAUUAAGAUGCAAAAGGCUGAAAAUCAGAAAUUGCAAGCAAAAAUACAAGCAGCAGUACAAAUUCAAUUGGAAAAUUUCAAACACCCUUUACAUGAUCCAAUAGAAAAGGAGGAUCCCAUUCAAAUGUCUAAUUCAAAUUUUUACAAGCCUAUUCCCAAAUUACUCAAAGAGGAAAAUCCCAUUUCUCCUGAAAUAAAGACAGACUCUUCUCACAUAUCUCAGAUGUGCUGGGAGCCAUCAAAGACCUCGCUGUUUGACAGUCACAUGUGGAAACCAGAGAUUACAAAGCAGCCCCCUGGAAGGAUGGAAACACCCACUGAAACACCCCCCUAACUGCCUUUCCUUAUUAACAUCCCCUUAUUAUUGGAAUUUCUAGGAUUAUUAUUCUUACUUAGCCCUAGGCAAAAUAGAUGAGAGCAACAUGCUUGCAGGGUUAAUACAGAUGUCUCACUCUGUCCCCCCAGAAUAUUACCAGGAGAGCCCUCUUACGAAAUUAAACCUAAGGAUUCUUAUAUACCCACUUAGAUAGACUCUUUUCUAGGCAUAAAAACUUCUGUCAAAUCUGUGCUCUGAAUUCCCCAACCUAUAUCUGGGUCAUGUUGAUUCCACCCUUUGACCCUGUGCAGUGAACCUUUCAUGACCUCAUGGAAUAGAGUUCCUCUUCCCAGGUGUUUGUGACAUACCAUUCCUGAUGAGUAUGCCAAAAUAUAGUAAUCUCAGUUCAAGGCUGCAUGAACAGUUCCAAGAUCUCCUAAGAAUGGGUUAACUCCCCUGUUCACAUGCUGGGGAGGAUUGGGGAGGAUAGAUUGUUUCUCUCAAGAAGAGCUUAAAAACUUGUGAGUCAUUAUCUUUGCUUUGAUAAUGUUCCAGUCUUUCUUUCUUGCGACUCCAUAGCUGUUCUUCAACAGCUAUAAGCUGUCCCCAAACAAUUCUAAAUUGUCGCCUAUUGGGACUCCAUAGAUGUCCCCAGCAAGUGGCGCCCGGAACAGGGACACCCUCUGGUUCUUUUAUUGGAAGCCCCCAGAACUUCUAUGAACCUCCCCUGGGUUCUUUUUGGAGAACCCCCAACUUGUCCAGUUCUUUCAAGAACCCCCGACACUGUGUGCAGAGUUCCAAUGCUAUGGAGAUCCCUUGGUGGUGAGUAUAUGAGAUACUCUAAGGGUAAGAGGGAAAUUAUAUUUCUUCUUAAAAAUGGAUCCUAAAACACUGAUUUUUUCCUUUCAAAGCAUGCUUGUCAUUGUCUUUGUCACAGUCUCGUCUCUAUGUAUUCUUAAAUUGGACACUCACAAAAGAAAAAAAAAUGGGAUAGUUGCAAGAUUGAACUUCCCACUGUCAAAAAUCCUUAGCAGAGGACAAAAAAAAAACCUGUUCAAUGAUUUUUUUCCUCUUUCUUCCUUUGGAUGGGCCCCCAAAGGAGUGAAAAAGAGAAAAUUUCAGAGCAGAAAAGGGAGAUUUUUACUCUCUAAUUAGAGGCUACUUUUCAUUUAAGAUUAAUGGUUUGAUAUAUGCAAUUUGGAGGAUUGCUAAUGAUUUUGAUCUGAUACAAAUAUAAUUUCAUGUAUUAUGGUAACUAUUUGUCAGUUAAAUGUGAAAUCUUAACCAGAUUUUAUUGAGCACAACAAAACUCAUGGUUAGAACUUUGUUUUGUUAGAUCUUGCUAUGCAUAAUGGUUUCAGUGAAUUUGAGAAUUGUCUAAAUGUGAUUGAUAGCCAGCUUGACCCAGAGAGGAAAUGUUUUAUUCUAUAAGGACAGAAAUUAUACUGGCUACUGUAAGAGUUAAAAUUUAGGGAAACUGAGGCAGGUAGAAAUUAGUUUCUCUCUGCAAGGAGCAUUAUAUUUUUAGAGGUUUAUUAAAGGUUAAGGAUUAAAGAAAAUACAAGUAAGAAAGGCACCUGUCUAGGCCCAGAGAGGCCUAGACACAAGCUCACCUGCAUUAUGAAAAGAGCCGCGUCUGCUUGCAAGCAGAAACAGGAAAGAAAAAGAGCCAAAAGCCUUUCCAAUCAGGUUAAAUACCCCAUCUCGAUUUUGGCCCAGGUGAGAAUUCAGUGAUAUUACAAAGCAUUCUGGGGAAGUGGAGCAAGGACUUCUGGGGAUUGAAGUUGUGGAUUCAAGCCUCCAUUUUUACACUACUUUAUACAUGUGAAAAUCAUCCAGCAAAAGUUGUUAUGUUGUUGAGAAGAACUUAUUCUAUAAUUUAAAUUUGGGUUUUUUUCAAAUCAGAUUUAUUUUAAUGCAUGUGCUGUUAGAACUAGUAACAAGAAAUGAUAUGACACACCAGAAGUUUUUUAAGUGGUUAAUCCGUGCAUGGGAUUUAAUAAUACAAGUACUAAGAAUUUGGUAUUUUGCAAGAGAGAAUUUCUAAACAAUGUUGUCUUUGACUAAGGUUAUGUGAAGUGCUUUUAAAAACGUAUACAAUGUAUAGUAAGGAAUAUAAGGGUAUAUGAUAUGCAAUAUGAUAUGCAAACUGCAGCCUUGAAAUCAAGAAGGGCUUGUCAUAAGGAUUAAAUACAAUUCAGGAUAGUAUCUUUCCUCUACUUACAAAAUGGUAAAGAGGAGAAGCCAGAAGAAAUAAGAGUAAUGGAUAGAGAUACUAGUUGAUACUAUGAAUUCUAGUGUGAUAUAGAUACAAAUUAUAAAUUAGAAUAAUAUUGAUGGAAUUUAAUCAGGUGUGUGAUAAUGUUUUGAGCUACAAGAAGACUAAACUGGAGGUUCUAUUCUACUUUAGACAGGUUUGAGAGAAGUGCAGGUAAAUGCUUUGCACUUCAGUUUGGUGACUCUGAAACAUGCUAAAGGACUUAAAGUUAUUUGGAAGUUGUGGAGUUCAAACUGAAAUCCACUGAGAGUAAAUUAUUAUGAAGAGGGUUUGAUAUAUUCAAAAUUUUAAAUUGUAGUAAACUCACUGGUUAAAGAAGGAUGGGACAAGGUUAUCAAGUAAUAAAACGUAAUUGAGCCAAGGAGCCUUAGGAUAAAUUGCUCAGAAGCUAUGAACCCCUUCCUUGCACACAGGAAGGAGAAAGAAGUUCCACACUGAUACUUGGGGACUGAAAUAGGGACCUCAAAGAGGUGACAACCACUGUGUGAUAGAACUUAAGAGGAGGGUAUUUUAAUUGUAGAUUCGGAGGUUUUAAGAGGCUCAAACAAACACACGUUGCCAGCCCCGUCUGACCAAGUAGCUUGUUUGAAGCUGUGGAAUCUUAGUGCAAACAUUCCAUGUCCAGAAUGAUGAGAUUAUUCAGCCAACAAUAAGUAGCUUCGGCCCUCCAUUCUGUAAGGCUGCACUUUCCUGCUCUGUACAUCGUCCACUAUAUGGAUGAUAUUCUUAUUGCGGCUGAAGAUGAAUCCCAAAUAAGCAGGUGCGACAGUCAAUUGGAAAUUACCUGGCAAAAAUACCAUUUAGCCAUCGCUCAAGGAAAGAUUCACAAAACACGUCCUGCACUCUCUCGAGGGGCUCAGCUAUAGGCAACAGCUGUUGUGCCUCACAAAUACAAUAAAGAAAGGACUGUCUUAAUGAUUAUCAGAAAUGGUUAGGUGACAUCAAUUGGGUCAGGCAACAUUUAUUUCUUACUACAUUAGAACUGUUAUUCACAACACUGGAAGGCAGUUCUGACUUGAAUUCCCCUGGAAUACUGACACCCGAGGCCUCUCUUGCUUUAGAGAUGGUAGAAGACAAAGUGAAUCAGGCUCCACUUAACCGUAUCCGCCUCCAUUCGCCGUGGAAGUGACUUUUUUUGCCUCUUCAAUAUUACCAACAGGUGCCUUAACUGAGAAACAGAGUCAUUGAAUGGCUACGUCCAAAAAGCCAAUUGGGAAAGGCUUGACAGAGUUCUGACUGUCUCAUGGCUCAGUUAUAUGGAAGGGCAUAGAGCAUGUGGUCUGAGGUUUAGGAUGGCAUCCUCGAGACAUCUGGGGACCCAUUGCUAAAGAAAUACCACAGAAAUACUUACAAAGUCACGACGAAUGGUCUUGGCUAUUGGUGUACCCAUUGCUAUGACCGCCUGCACUCCACAAGGCUUAUUUCCUUUUUGUCACCACAUCCUGUUGUCUUUCCUCGUGUUCUAAGAGAUCGUCCGGUAUCAGGACCUAACGUUUACAUUGAUGCGAAUGCUCCUUACGAGGCAGGCGUAUACGGGACGGCAGCUCCCCUGUCAUUUUUACCCUCCUUUUCUUCUACCCAACAAACUGAAUCAACAGCUGUUUUACCAGCCUUUUGGUUACUUCAGGAGCCUUUCAACCUCCUAAUGGACUCUGAACAUGGUUUUCAGUCUGUGCAGGGUAGAGAACAAGCUGUCAUCAGAUCCACUCAAAGCAACGCACAGACGUUAUUCUGUGAAUUCCAAACUGUCCUACGACACAGGACACGUCCAGUGGAUGCCCUGCAUGUACGUCGUCGUGCCAAUCGGCCUGGACCCAUUUUAAAGGAAAUGACAUCAUAGAUCAAGCUGUGAUUGCUCCGUGUUAUCUAACCGAUAUACAAUUAGCCGAGGAAUCCAUCAUACAUUUCACCAAAAUAGUCCUGCUUUACGCAGAAUGUUCCAACGCACAAAGGAUCAAGCCGGGAGGAUUGUUCAAAAGUGUCCUAAUUGCGUUCCAAACCACCCCCAAUGCACAUUGCUGUGACUCCCAGAGGCUUAACUAGUACAGAGAUACGGCGAAUGGAUGUGACCCAUGAACGGUCCUCUGGACGACGUCAAUAUAUCCACGUCACUGUGGGUGCUCAUUCAGGGGGUUUGUGGGCUUCCUGCUUGACGGGAGAAAGAACUUCUGCUAUGAAUCUCUACUUAAUGGCUUUUCGGAUGGCCGGUCCCCCAGAACAUUUAAAACAGAGAAUGGACCCGCUUAUACUUCCAAACAGUUUUUUCUUUUCUGUCAAACUCGGGGCAUCCAACACCUCACAGGUAUCCGUACAAUCCACAAGGACAAGCUACUGCGGAGCGCAGUAAUCAAACACUAAAAACAUUCCUUUUAAACAAAAAGGGGGAGACAGCACCCCGCAUCGACGAUUGGCAACAGCUGUCCAUACUAUCCAUAAUCUGAUCUUUGCUUCCAAUAACAUCCAGAGCUGGAAAAUGUUUCUCUGCAUUUUCCUAGGAACAGAAUUCAGGCACCGCCACUCCCGGGCUCCCUGCCUGCCCCAGAACAACAAUCUGUCAUGUGGAAAGACGAUGAUCAAUCCUGGCAAGGCCCCCACCCAGGGGUCCUGCAGGCUGGCUGUGUUGGUGUCUCCACAGGUGAAGACAGAGUUCGGCUCCCUCUCGCCGAGUUCGAGAAAUGGACCCUAAAGAGAAGGGCAAGGAGAGGAUGCAGGAAGCCUCGCAAGGAGCCUCGACCACGUCUCCAAAAGUUGGUGCCUGCUAGAGCACAGGGCCUGGAGUCAGGGAGGCCUGAGAUCACCCCCUGAGAGACCCUGGACAAGUCACUUUGGUCUGCUUGCCUCAGUUUCCUCCCCUGAGAAAUGAGCUGCAGAAGGACAUGGCGAAGCCGCCCAGCCUCUGCCCAGAAAGCCCCAAAGGAGGGGUGUCAGACAGGCCUGAACAGCCUGAGCCCAGCACCUUGCAGACAGACACACAGACACCCCCAGACUGUCCUCUGUCCAUCAGGGCUCUCAGUCUGUGCUCAGAGGCUGCUGCCGCCUUCUGUGGCCUCCCCCAGGCCUCUGAAGGGUCUUUGGGCCUCUGGGCUGGGGUGGUACUGAGGGAGACCCUCCUCAGCUGGCCCAGAAGUCCAGGAGACCCUGAGGAAGCAGCUCUGUUUCCCCCCAGACCCUCUCUGGACCAGCUUCCCCCCAGGCUUAGAUGAGAUACUUGUCUGGAUCUCACCAUGGGGGAAACUGAGGCAAAGGCUGACAAGGGCCUUGGCCAGGCUCCCCCAGCUGGGCCGUGUCUGAGGCCAGGUUUGAGCCCAGAUCUUGGGGGUUCCAGGCCCAGGAGGGCAGCCCCCGAGUCACCUGAUGCCUCCUCUGGGGAGAGGGUUGGCCCCUCCUUGGAAGAGACUCUGAGGUCCCCCCAAAGCAAAAGGAGCAGUAGGAAGUUCAGAGAGAUCCCUGGAGGAGGGGAAGCUGUGGGAGGGGCCUGGGCCUGGGCCUGGAGGGUCAGCAGCUGCCCUGUGCCUCAGUUUCCUUCUCUGUCAGAAGGGGGAUCCUGGCACCCCUCCUCAGAUUCUGGGGAAGGAUGGGUCCAUUCACUGAUCAGUCAAUCAGUAGACACUUAUUAGGCACCUGCUGUGUGCCAGGCUCUGACCUGAGGCAGCCUCCAGUGGAAAGAAGCAGCAGCAGGGCAGGGCUGGAGGGGAAAUGAGGGGAGGAGAGAAGGCUGCAGCCCCCCAGGUUGGGAAACAUUUCCUUUAUGGCCCCUCCCCCACCAGGAGGCUUAACUAGGGACCAAGGCAGCCGAACUCCAUUUCCCAGGAUGCCUGUGUCAGGAUGUCAUGCGGGUCUUGGCCCUUUCUUAUGGAAGACUCCAUUUCCCAGAAUGCCCAGUUUCUGAUGUCACCCAAGUCUUGGCACCUGCCGCUAUGGCAGCCCCAAAGCACCCUGGGAAUCUCCUGUGGGCAGUCUCAGCUCCCGCAAGGUGCACAGGUCUGGUCUUGGACCAUUUCCGGGGGAUGAGGGAAGGGGAGGCAGUCCAUGCGCAGGCGCGGCCCUAGCUCCCUGCUAUAUCGCCUGAGACGAUUUGCUUCCUUACUCUUGGGGAGCUGGAAGACCCGGGUGGACCAGUUCCGGGUUACUGAGUUUGGGACUUGGUGGGGUUCGUGUGCGCAUGUGCACCAAGAGGCGGGGCAGGAGGCCCAGACCCCGGUGUAAAUGGUUGUAGGGGGAGGAGCUGUCUCCGCGUCUGUCAAUCACUUUAAAGGACCUCAGAAAAGGGACCGACACAGAAGUGCUGGAUCCGGAUCCGGCGGGGCGGCCGUGACUGGACCUGGGGCCGAGGCAGGGCUUUGCCAGCCCCUCCGCGGGCGCCGGGAGGCAGUUGGGGGAGGGGGCGGGGCUGAUCCAGCCCCUUCAUGUUCACCUCCGAACCCGCUAGGGGAGAAGCAGCCCUCGGGAGCCUGGUCAGGGGGCAGCGGAGGUGCCCGCGCCCCCAUGCCAUGGAAGGAGCCCCGAUCUCGGGCCCUGAGGAAAUGCCAGCCCGCUCUCCCAUCCCCCACCUGACGCCCCCCCAUUCCCCAGUAACCCCCAACUCAGCCAGUGCAGCUUCUGAGUGGAAGGAAGCCAAAGACGGCGGCAGAGGAGGCGGGGCUUUCCCCGGCCAGUCCAAGGCCCUUCCCACCCCGAGGCACCCGGUAACCCCCUGAGGCCAGGGAAGGCCUGGGAGCCCCCCUGAGCCCUCCCCCUCUCUCCUCCCCCAGGCGCCCACAGACGAAGUCUCUCCCCUCGGGGCUGCCACCCUCGGAAGCACCCCAGGGUGGCCUCGCAGCCAGAGGAAUGGCCCCCUGGACCCCGAGGCCCCCCUCCCAGGUCACCCCAUUCUUGUCAGACUUGCUGACGGGGUCCGAGCCCAGACUAAUGAGACCAGAGUGAGGAGGGGUCAAUAACAUUCCAGGAUGUGGCUGUGUACUUUACCCAGGAGGAAUGGCGCCUGUUGGACCAUUCUCAGAAAGAGCUGUACCUGGAGGUCAUGCUGGAGAAUGUGCAGAAUCUACUCUCUGUGGGGCUUCCAGUUCCUAGAGAAAACUUUAUCUCCUGUUUUCAGCAAGGGGAAGCACCAUGGCUGUUAGAGCAGAAAGGCCCAAGGAGCUCUUGUCCAGAAUCAGAGACUACUUUUGAAGUGAAGGAGAUGUUUACAAAGCUGAGUCUUUUUGUGGAUGGAUGUGACCCCCAAAGAUGCAUGAAUGAGGGUGCCUAUGACUUCAUUGUCAGAAAAAUCUGUGACUCUAAUAUCAAGGUAAAUAAAAAUCCAAAGAAUGAUUGUGAAUUUGAUGAGACUGCAGAAAAAUGCAGCCAAUAUUCACUUCUAAAUCAGUAUACAAAAUUUACCUCAGGAAAUGACUGUUGUCAGGAUAAUGAUAAUAGCAAAUGCUAUCCUGAAGAAGGAGGACUUGUUCAGUCACCUGAGAAACCUCUGGAAAUGCCCAUGUAUGAAGGUAACCUAGGGAGAAUGGACUUUGGCUGGAGUUUAGACCUCAUUAGACAUCACAAAAGUAAACAUGUAAAAAUGGUUUCUGUGAGUGAUAAAAGUGGGAUACCUUUCCAUCAUAAGUCUGAGCUUGGUUCAUAUCGAAUAAUCCACUCUGGAGAGAAACCUUAUGACUGUAAAUAUUGUGGAAAGGCUUUCACACAGAGGGGCCAUCUUGCUGGACAUCAGAGAAUCCACACUGGAGAGAAACCUUAUGAAUGUAAACAGUGUGGAAAGACUUUUACAUGGAAGAUCUCUCUUGCUGCACAUCAGAGAAUCCACAGUGGAGAGAAACCUUAUGAAUGUAAACAAUGUUGGAAGGCUUUCACAUGGAAGGUCUCUCUUGCUGCACAUCAGAGAAUCCACACUAGAGAGAAACCUUAUGAAUGUAAACAAUGUGGAAAGUCUUUUACAUGGAAGGUUUCUCUUUCUGUACAUCAGAGAAUCCACAGCGGAGAGAAACCUUAUGAAUGUAAACUAUGUGGAAAGGCUUUCACAAGUAGGUACCAUCUUGCCAGACAUCAGAGAAUCCAUAGCGGAGAGAAACCUUAUGAAUGUAAACAGUGUGGAAAGGCUUUUACAUGGAAGGUCUCUCUUGCGGCCCAUCAGAGAAUCCACUCUGGAGAGAAACCUUAUGAAUGUAAACAGUGUGGAAAGGCUUUCGCAAGUAAGGACCAUCUUGCCAGACAUCAGACAAUCCACACUGGAGAGAAACCUUAUGAAUGUAAACAAUGUGGAAAGGCUUUCACAAGUAGGAAUAGUCUUGCCAGACAUCAGACAAUCCACUCUGGAGAGAAACCUUAUGAAUGUAAACGUUGUGGAAAGACUUUCACACAAAGGGGCUCUCUUGCUGCACAUCAGAGAAUCCACUCUGGAGAAAAACCUUAUGAAUGUAAACAGUGUGGAAAGACUUUCACACAGAGGGGCCAUCUUGCCAGACAUCAGAGAAUCCACACUGGAGAGAAACCUUAUAAAUGUAAACAAUGUGAAAAGGCUUUCACACAGAGGCGCUCUCUUGCUGCACAUCAGAGUAUCCACACUGGAGAAAAACCUUAUAAAUGUAAACAGUGUGGAAAGACUUUUACAUGGAAGGUCUCUCUUGUUGCACAUCAAAGAAUCCACACUGGAGAGAAACAUUAUGAAUGUAAACAAUGUAGAAAGGCUUUCACAUGGAAGGUCUCUCUUGCUGCACAUCAAACAAUCCACACUGGAGAGGACCCUUAUGAAUGUAAACAAUGUGGAAAGACUUUCACACGAAGGGGCCGUCUUUCUGCACAUCAGAGAAUCCACUCUGGAGAGAAGCCUUAUGAAUGUAAACAGUGUGGAAAGACGUUCACACAGAGGGGCAAUCUUGCCAGACAUCAAACAAUACACACUGGAGAGAAACCUUAUGAAUGUAAACAGUGUGGAAAGGCUUUCACACAGAGGGGCAAUCUUACCAGACAUCAGAGAAUCCACUCUGGAGAGAAACCUUAUGAAUGUAAACUGUGUGGAAAGGCUUUCACACAGAGGGGCUCUCUUGCUAAGCAUCAGACUAUCCAUUUUGGAGAGAAACCUUUUUGUGUAGAGUGAAAAAUUAGUGUGUUAUUCUCAAAAUAAUAGUUAUUAAUAUCUAAGUAAAACUGGUGUCCCUGCUCCUUCCCUCUUCCCCCUCCAUCAAGCUCCCUUCUAGAGAAGAUUACCCCACCCUCCAUCCUUCUCCUUGCAGGACAAAAGCUUUAAAACCUGUGAAUAUGUGGGCUGUUCUUAGACCCUUAAGUACCCUUUUUUGUCUUAGAAGUCCUUCCCAUUGAAUCAAAGUCUUCCCCCAGUAGUCAAGUCCAAUGGUUGGAACCUCAGCCCCUCCCAGAUAGUCCAGUCCUCCAGAACUCCCCUUUUUGUAUCUGUCUCCAACUUCCUGAUCAUUUCUUUAAAAUGUUACUUUGCUUGAAUGUAUCCACUGUAAAGCUAUUCAACUUCACAUUCCUGUCAUUUAUUUCUGGAUUUCAACCAUUGUAAAAAUGUUAUAAUCCCUUCAGAGAGGCUUGAUUAUAUCAACAUUCUUCUAUAAAUAAGGGAUUUUUCUGUGAAUUUUUGGGAUAUUUGUCUUAGGUCAAUGGCUUGAGAUAAUGCUCCACAUUUUCUUUCUUUCUCUCAAUAAAGAAUUGCAUCUUAAA